GAAACUGAGCCGUUCCAAAAAUGUAUACACUCUGGAGAUUAUUGAGGCCACAGUUGCUGACAGUGGCAAAUACACCAUCAAAGCCAAAAACAAAUAUGGACAGUGCUCUGCAACAUCAUCUCUCAACGUCAUCACUCCCAAAAUCGAAUUUCUCCCAGAGGAUAUCAGCAUUGAGCUAGGAAGGCCUUUGAGCGUGUCCUGUGCUUUCUCUGGAGACCCAACACCUGAGAUUGAGUGGACCCGCACAGGGAAACAGUGUGAUGAAGACAGUGACCGGUUCCACAUCGAGACCACGGAGGACCUCACCACCCUUGUAAUCCCCUGUGUGAAGGAAGACGAUGCCGGAGCGUACACCCUCAAACUGUCCAACAAGCUUGGAUUUGCCAUGGCAACUGUCAACAUUCAUACUCGAUCCAUGUAAAAAAUAAAAAACACGUAAACAUCUAAUUUCUAUCCCCCAUUUUCCCUCCUCCAGUACCUUUUUAUUUAUUGAAUUAGCAAAAAUAAUCUUUACUUGAUAAAGACCUGGAUUUCUGUUCUUGUAAAUAUGAACUAUUUUUAUACCAAACUUGACAUAAAUUUAUGCCAAACUAGACUAAAGUCUAAAGUUGUUAUAAAAUGUGCCAUAUUGGAUAAUUAUGACUAGGAUUUUUGAACCACUUUUCUGUGACAUGUACAUAAUGUAUAUAGCCGAAUUUAACGGUUAUGGAAAAUGUAUGAAUUGUUAUUUAUGACAAUAUUAACUGAAACAAAAGGAACUAAAUGUUUAACAGGAGAAAGUUUCACAUGAAACGAAUACCCUGAAAAACCUGAAACUAAACUCCGUGCCUCAACAAAAAGUUGAAGUCUUAAGAUUUCCUCAACAGGUAGAGAGGCUCCCUGUUGAAGUUUAUACUAAAUCAGAGAAAGACAAUGUUAUGCACCGUGCAUCUGUGGGUGCAAUAUUACAAAUACUCAUAUGAAUUGUAACAUGAUCAUAAGACCCUGAGUGCUGUUUGCAUAAACCCUCAUGUAAGUAGCACAACUAGGUCUUGUGUUCAGACUGACUAUGUCAUACCACCAUUUUAAUGACAUGCUAAAAGUGCGAGCGGCCUGCACUUUGAGCUCUAUUUUUAUGUGCUCUGUUUCUGGCAUUGGACAGUUGAAUUGGCUUUUUAAAACGUAACAUCACCUGGCCAUUAAAAAACAAAAGUCAAUUCAAGUACUUCGUUGCAGAAACAGUGCCACCUCUUGGAGGAUUGUUAGGUAAUAUUUUGUGUGUGUGAGUGUGUUCUAGUUUUAGAAUUUCACCUUGCCAGUAGUCAGGGUAACCAUCAAGUGAAUGUACCAUGGUGAUACCAUCUACCGUGAAACAAAGAAAGCAAAAAGCAUGAAUAAUAAUGCCCUGCACUUUGAUUUAACUGAGUCUAUUGAUGUAGAAUUACUACUGUAUUCAUCCUCCUUGAGUUUUAUUUUACUGUUUUAAUAAAGCAUGAUUUCAGCACUA